AUGGUAGUAGUGUCCCAAAACCCAGAUUUGAUUAAUAUUCAAGGUGAGAUAGCCAAAAUGUUGGGUUUUGAAUUAUCUGGGGGAAACAAUUUAUUUGCCAGGGUAGGGGAACUAGGAUCAAGAAUAUUGACGGCAGGAAGAAUCCUUGUAAUAUUGGAUGAUGUUUGGAAGAGACUAGGAUUGAAUGAUAUUGGAAUUCCGUGUGGAGAUCAUUACAAGGGUUGCAAAAUUGUGAUGACUUCAAGAAGUGAAGAUGUAUGCAUUGGCAUGGACACAGAUAAGAAUUUCAAGGUUGGCGUCUUAAGUGAAAAAGAAGCACGGAAUCUUUUCAAGGAGAUGGCUGGAAUUUCUAACGACGGUACAAGUCACCCAACUGAUUUGCAGUUGACACAAAUGGCAGUUGCGAAGGAAUGUGGAGGCUUGCCGAUUGCUAUUGUUACAGUCGCGAGGGCUCUUAGAUGCCAAAAAAAAACCUUCAUGGGAUUCUGCUCUUGA